ACUUUUACGCCGUUGGUAUCAUUGUCCUACUGUAUAAGAUGGCAGAUAUAAGUAAGGAAGAGCUCCGCAAGGAAAUUACCGCCAUCCUCAAGGAUGCUGACCUUACGACAAUGUCUGCCAAGAAAGUGCGGCAACAGAUUGAAGAAAAGCUAGACGUAGACCUUACAGACAGAAAGAAAGAGGUCGAUGAUUUAGUUAUGGAGUGUCUUCAAGAGAAACAAGACGGUAAGGGUAAAGACAGUGGUAAGAAGAAGAAAAACAAGGGAAAGGUGGAAGAAGAAGAUGAAGAUGAGGAGGAAGAGGAAGAUGAAGAGGAGGAGGAGGAGGAGGAGGAAGAGGAAGAAGAAAAACCCAAGCCGAAGAGGGGAGGUGGUGGUGCCAAGAAACCUCCAGCAAAGAAGCCUAAGAAAGCUAGCAGUGAUGAGAGUGAUGAAGGCUCUGAUGAUGAUGUAAGUGAUGAGGAGUAUAGCCCAAAAAAGGGCAAAAAUGCUCCUGCCAAAAAGGGGAAGACCGCCAAGAAGAAGAAGGACAGCGAUAGUGACAGUGAUGAAGACUGGGCCAAAACAAGAAAAUCCAAUUCAGGUGGUGGUGGUGGUGGCGGCGGCGGUGGUGGUGGCGGAGGAGGAGGAGGUGGUGGUGGUGGAGCUGGCAAGAAGGGAUCGGGGGGAAAGCGAGCUGCUGGUAGCGGUUAUACACGAGCCUACACUCUCAGCCCUGAACUUGCAGCUGUGGUUGGAGCAGACGAAAUGCCUCGCCAUGAAGUUGUUCGCAAAAUUUGGGCCAUCAUCAAGGAAAAGAAUCUGUAUGAUCCCAAGAAUAAACAGUUUGCCAUAUGUAAUGAUGAGCUGCUUAAAGUGUUUGGUGUUAAACGUUUCCGCACAUUUGGCAUGAUGAAGUACCUCAAGAAUCAUUUUAUUGAUUAAUUCAUAUUUAAUUCUGGAGGCAAAUGAAUGACCAAAACAGAUUAAGACUUCUUUUCUUGGUCCGGUCAUCACAAGUCAGAAUUUGACAGCAUUUUCAUGAUCUGUGAAUGGGAAUUUGCCAUUCUCCUUCUGUUUUGGUAAUUAUUAUAAAUAUUGUGCGGUGUUACACUGUAGUUGUAUGUGAAAUGCUUUGGCCAAAAGUGUUUACAGAAAUAACAACUGUAUUGAUGGAUUCAUAAAGUUUAGACAAAUUCUUUUUUCGAAGAGUUAUUGUGUUUUUAAGUGUUUGCACCAUAUAUUUUCUAAAUAUUAAUGGGAGUGGAAAUCUCUUCAGUAGGCAUCAUAAUUCAGUCCUUUUUCAAUGCACAACACUUGCAAGGUGGUGUGUGUUAGAACUGUGAAAAUGGCAGAGCAAUUUUUUUACCUUCUACAUGUAUUUGUAUGUAUAAUGUUAACAGAAAUUAAGGAAAUAGUUGUUUUUUUUUAUUUUACCGUAUUGUAAUCCUGAAAUGAAAUGUAUAUUGUUUUUUCCUCUCCUUAUUUUCAUGAAUAUAGUCAGUAUUUGGAAUUGUACAAAUCCAUCCCAUACUUCUAAAAAUUUCCUUGCCAUGUUUGCAAUCCUAGAAUGUAUUCAGAAUAGAAACAGAAAAUAGAAGGUGAAUUUUGUUUGA